AUGGAGAAAGAGAAGGACUUGGUAGAGAAGGUUGACCUUCGGUUUGCGCUUGCAGAUACUGCCGAAAAGUUUCAAGCUGUACUGGAUACGUUUUUAGCGCCAUUGCUUUUGAAACUGGCGUCUCCACAUGAACCUGUACGUCAACAAGUGUUUGAGAGCAUCAAGAAUAUUUUGCAGAGAUUGGGUUCUCUACCUACUGUUAGGAUUCCAGUAUUACGUCUGGUAGAACAAGCGAAGAAGGCAGAUGGUCACAAUAACGUUGCAUUGUACUCAUUGCUCUUUGCAUCUAAGGGUGUGGACAGGCUCAAUGAUUCUCAAGAGAUCCAAGCGAUGAUACCGACUGUCAUGGGUGGAAUAUCACAGCUACCAGAGAUGUGUGCUGCGAGAAUGUUUAACCUGCUUUGCAGAUUACUACUGCUGUGGAAACCACCAAUGGUAUCUUCUCUAGAAGAAGACCAAGUAUCAAAAUUGCUUGCUCUCGAGGAUCCAAGGGAUUUAGAAUUUUUAAUGUUGAAAUUUACCAAAUUCUUUAUGAUGGUGCCAAAUAGUAAUACUAACAGUGGCAUCAUCCCCAGAGGAUACUCAUCCCCAGGGUUGUCCGCUGCGGAGAUCGAAUUUUUUACAUAUAAAGCUGGUGUUGCCUUUAACAAAGACCAACUAUUGAGAUACAAGACUGCUAUUUUCCAUUUUGUCACUAGGGGACUAAUUGUGUUUUCAAUGGAAGAGCAACUAAGAGAUCCCGAGAACGACCCCACCAAUGAUGAUCUCAAAGCAGUGUCAUUAGUGACUUUCUUAUGCGUAGUAUCUACAGAUAACUCUGACCUCGGAGAACUAGCAAUAACCAGAUUGAAAAGAGUACAUAUUCCAUACGAGAACGAGAGUUUUGUCAAUUUUAUGAUCUCCUUAUUUACAGGCGAUAAAAGUAAUGGCAUACCUCCUACUAGCUCUAAUAUCCAGGAAACUAUUUUUUCUAUCUUGAAUAGAAGUAUCUAUGCGACCACAAGUCCUGAAAAUGUCAAACUAAUCUGUGCCAUUUCAUUAAAUUCAACUAACCACAAACUGGCUUCUCUUUGUCUUUCCUUCAUCAGGCAUGUAGCCAAGAACAAUUAUGAUAGCUUAACAUUAAUAUCUAGUGCCAGCUCGGAAUCUGAUCAUUAUGGAAUCAACUUACCAUCUAUGAUCAGAAAUAACAUUCAAACGAACGGUUGGCCAAGGUUACAACUUGGACAGGGUCAACAAUUUAACUUGUCUAUUAAGCAAAGAGAACUUCAAUACGAGACCCUAGGUGACUUGUUAAAGAACGAUUUUGACCUUAUCAAGGAUAUAUCAUAUAUUGAGUUCCUGUUCACAUCACUUAAGAACGAUAUUCCUCAGUGUACAGCUAGUAUCCAACAUGCAUUGAACUCAGUAUUGCACCACUUGCCCCAACUUCAUUCAGAUAACAAGAAAAAGCUAAAGAAGCUACUACACUCGAUAUUAGCUGAUGACUAUUAUAAAAUCGAACUCAAAGAAAAUGGAAAACUUGGUACUGUAGAAGGUAAGGAAAGAGAGGAUGCAUUAAUGUCAGCCAGAUACAUGGCAAUAAAAUUUACUAACUCAGCAUUUUCUUUUGAUGACGAAGAAGCACGUAUGCUCAACAUAUUUGGUACAUCUACUGAAAACAGAUUAGACAUCACUGAGGAAGCUAAAAAGGGGCUGCAUCCUUAUUGGUUCAGAAUUAAUUAUUUCAAAUCUUUUAAAACAAGUGCUAAUGCUGUUGUGGAAAGUCUAGAUCAACAAUUAGGUAGCCAAAUAACAAAAACAAAACUACCUACCCUUAAAACGAUGUCAUCAUUGCUUCUUGAGGAAGUGCAUUUACUAAAAGAAGACAGAAAUUCCCAACGAGUUAUAGAUAAAUGCCUUAAUAAUGCUGUCAGUUUUCUCAGAAAUUGUUUAGUAGAAGAAGCGAUUCAAGGUAAGAAUACGAUAAUCGUCCAAGACCAAGAUUGGUUAGUUCGGAUCGAGGAAGCAAUAGUGUCAGAUAGCAAUGUAAUGGAGCUUGUAUCAGAAUAUAUUAGUGGCAUUCAUGAAAAGUACUUUGUUGACUUAUUAAGGUUAUUAUUAGAUGAAUUUACUGAGAGAGAUCACUCCGGAACACAAGUAUCAAUCGCAGCAGCCAAAAACCACAUAUAUCAAGAUUUUCUAUUACUGCUACUAAAAGCAUGCCAUUCAGAUGUAUUAAAGUAUAUCUAUGAUAAAGUUGAUAAUUUAUCAUACUUGGCAAUCAAUAUCACAACUUACCCUAAUACAGAAGUAAUCACUUCCUCGAGAGCUUUGGGAAUAAUUGGUUCAUCAUCUGAAGAAGUCUCUAAUUUACUAAUAGAAAAAUUUAAAUUGUCGAAUGACCUCACUGCUUCUAAACUAUCUCAUGAACAUUUAAAAAGUAUACUACCAAAUAUACUUAUUUUGUCACAUUUAUUACCGAGGUUAAGUAUGCGAGGCUAUAAAGAUGCGAACAUGACAGCCCAGUUACAUGCCACUCUUGACAUGCUAGAAAAUUUCUUUUCUGAAUCUAUCACAUUUGAAAGAAAAUUAGUAUUAUCCGCCACUGCUGAAAUAUUGAAGUAUGGCCUUUUAUGUAUUUUAGAUGCAAGUGAUACACAAUCCAAAAUCAAGAAACUACUUUUUUUAUUGGGAAAGAAAUACUUAAAUGAUGAGGAUUGCACAAGAGUACUUUCUUAUUUAUCGUUGUACACCUCCAGUGUUCCUGAAAUGGAGAACAUCGCUGACUUGUUAUGGAAAACCACAAACUCAAAAGAGAUCGAUUAUCUGUUCAGCGUGGGGGAAUGUAUAUCAAUUAUUGCCGGAGGUUGGCACUCUAAAAUUUUAUUGGAUGAUUUAGAUAUUUAUGAUCCUAAAUUGGUAACUCAAUUAAAACAGGACUUUAACGAUAGAUAUGCUGAGGAAGUUCUAAAAAAAGUAAUGACUCUUUGCACCAGUCCCAAUCCUACCCUGAAGAAGGCAGGAACCAUGUGGUUGCUAUCAUUGGUACAGUUUACUAGCAGCUCUCCAGUAAUAAUUGAGAAAUGUGCCGAAAUCCAUAGGUGCUUUGUGUCUGCUCUUAUUCAUAAAGAUGAAAUUGUGCAGGAGUCUGCAGCGCGUGGUCUUGCUCUGGUGUAUGAAUUAGGCUCUACAGACGUUAAGGAAGAUAUGAUUAAAGGUCUUUUCAAAUCAUUUACCUCUAAUGUUGAUGGACUUAAAAUAUCUUCAGGUUCCAUAUCAGAGUCCACUGAACUCUUUGACAAAGAUACACUAAAAACCACGGAUGGUUCUAUCAGCACAUAUAAGGACAUUUUAAGCUUGGCCUCUGAAGUCGGAGAUCCAUCGAUUGUUUAUCAAUUUAUGUCUCUAGCAAAAAAUUCAAUGUUAUGGUCUUCAAGAAAAGGUAUUGCUUUUAGUCUGGGUUCCAUUAUGUCCAAAGCAUCCCUUGAAAAAUAUUUAAUACAAAACAAGGACUUAGCGAACAAAUUAAUCCCAAAACUAUACAGGUACAAAUUCGACCCUUACACUGUAGUUGCUCAAUCUAUGAACGAUAUUUGGAACACACUAAUUGUCGAUUCAAAAUCUACUAUUGACCAAUAUUUUGACUCAAUUCUUUUAGAACUUUUGGAAGGUAUGGGUAACAAGGAAUGGCGUGUACGUGAAGCUAGUACCACAGCAUUGAUGGAUUUUGUGAGAUCUCAACCAGAGGAGAAAUUUUCGGGCAAAAUAUUAGACAUCUGGACAAUGGCUUUUCGAUCUAUGGAUGAUAUAAAAGAAAGUGUGAGAGAGGCAGGUACAAGGUUCACCACUGUACUUUCCAAAAUGUUGGUGAGAUCAAUAGACACUAGUAACAAUGUUAGUCCGGAGCAUUCAGAAGAGAUUCUAUCAAAUAUUUUACCAUUUUUAAUGGGAACCAAAGGUAUCAAUAGUGAUGCCGAAGACGUAAAAAAUUUCUCAUUGAAAUUGUUAUUAGAUCUUGUUAAAAACUCUCCUAAACCAUUAUCCAAGUUUGCCCCAGAAAUUAUAUACCAAUUCAUUACCCUGUUUUCUUCAUUAGAACCCCAAGUUGUUAAUUACCUGUCUCUAAAUGCCAAGAACUACAAUAUAGAUAUGAAAGAGAUAGAUAAUCAAAGGAAAAAUGGGAUAGCAGUUUCACCACUAUUUGAAGCUCUAACAAAACUAAUUGGAACAACAAAUGAAAAUCAAGUCAGCGAGGUUGUCGACGCUGUUAUCCGCGGCAUAAAAAAGUCCAUUGGUCUGCCAUCAAAAGUUGCGGCAGCUCAAGUUGUCAUUUUAAUUGUCAAACACUAUUCCUUAGCCAUCAAACAAUAUUCUGGGAAGCUAUUAAAACGUUGUGUAGAUAUGUUUGAAGAUAAGAAUGAGGCUGUUUCAAUUGCCUAUGCCCAAUCAUUUGGCUACAUAUAUAAAGUAAUAUCAGCAGAAAAAUCAUUGAAAUAUGCAAAGCAACUAAAGGUACUAUUCUUUUCAAAUUCUAUUGAUCAUAUCAAGAUUGUUGUUGCAGCUGCAAUAUUAUCUCUAUUUAGGAAUGCACCCAGUGAAUUUGCAGAAUUGGCAAGAGUUCUUACACCAGUCAUACUACUUGGGAAAAAUGACAUUGACCAGGCUACUGCUAAUGUAUUUAGCGAUCUUUGGACUGACACAGCAUCCUCUGGUGCAGGUACUACAAAAUUGUAUCUGGAUGAAAUCAUUGAUACUAUUAGAGACAAUAUUCAGUCAAAUGACUUUAGCACCAGAAGAUCUUGCGCCAAGACAAUAGCAGGCAUCUCGUUAAGCAUCGAUGAAAACACCCCUAGAAAAACAUUAUCAAAGAUUUUUGACGUCACUAUACAAUCCCUUUCUGGUAGGUCUUGGGAUGGUAAGGAGGAUAUUGUUAGUGCUUUAGUUUCAAUUUCCGAAAAAUGCACCACCUAUCUCAAUGGAAAUAAGGAACUAGCAACAAAGAUUGAGACAACAUUAUGCACUGAAAUAUCACGGAAUAAUAUCAGAUAUGUAAGAAGUAUAUCGAAGGAUUAUCUGCGGUUUGUGAGAAUUGUCCCUUCUGAUAAGCUUUACUGUUCCUUCAAUAAAGAGUUAUUAACAAAAUUGUUUGCAGAAAAUGAUGAAAAUGCAGCUACAGAAAUCAAAACUAAUCCAGAAGUUCAACUGCAGUCGAAUAAGCGAAUGAAAACGAGUAUCACUCAACACUUAUCUAAAGAUAAUAUCCAGGCUGUUGAUUUUAUGAUCCAGGUUUUACAUGAAAUGGCAAAGGAUUGUAUUCCCUAUAUGGAGAAUAAGUAUCCCUUGGAGUUCUUAAACAUGAUUUUGGAAUAUGCACAGCAUCUAACUCUUUCCCAUACAAUGAGUAAAACAUGGAGAGUCAGGGAAUCUGUUUGUCUAAUCAUUACUGAAUUAUGCAAAAAUUUCCCUCUUACGAUCAUCAAUCAGGAGAUUGAAGACAAGUUUAAAAGUAUUUGGAGUUCCAUAUUUAAUGAAAACAAAACUCAUGAAACUACAGAAAACGUAAAGAUAGAAACAAUUCGUUUAGGUGGAGAGAUGAUUAAAAAGUUUUCGAAGUUAUCAGAUCAGAUUCAAAGAGAUCUUUCAAUUUUUACAGAAGAGGAACUGUCUACCGCAAGGCUUGCCGUUGAGUUAAAAAACGUUGGCAUAUAA